ACGAAACUGAAACAGUUGAGGAAAGAGAAGAGAGAAGGAGAGACAGUAAAGGAAAGGCAGACCCACACAGAGGAGCACCGAGGUUAGACAGCUCAAGAUACUGAAGACAUCAGACAUGAGCUACCAGGUUUGCAACUGCUGCGGUUGGUCCAAAGCUACGACCUAUCAGGGCCUGAGAAUUCACCAGGGAAAGAACGGAUGCACACCAAAGGGGAUGAGGAUCCCUGAGAGUGAACAAUACAGAAUGACCAAUAAUUUUUCUAAAUUUACCUACAUGGGACCUCCAAUCAAAGUUGAAGAGCCUUUUAUGAGUAUCUUCACCCCUUCUAUAAAGUCUGACAGAACAAACUCAGACAUGAGUCUCCAGGUUUGCCAUUGUGGCUGGUCCAAAUGUACGUCUUACCAUGGGCUGAGGACUCACCAGGGGAUGAUGGGAUGCACGCCAAAAGGAAUGAGAAUCCCAGAGGAUGAACUGUACAAGUGGAGAGAUCCAUGGGAUAAAUCUCAUCAGGAGGACAGUGGACCAAUUUACAGCACUCCGCUCAAGAAGGAGAAUGAACCCAUGUCGCCAAACCUCACCACCCCAAUGAGUCCAACAGCUGGAGUAAUAGAGAUGAUGAAAUCAGUGCUUGAAAAUCAGUACUCAUGGCAAACGACCAUAAACUCAGACAGAAGUCUCCCAGCGCUUGAAUUCUCCACUGGUGCACAGCAGCCUGUCCCGAUGCCGGUGUUUCAGACCCUCAGCACCCAAGCAAACCCUGCAGCCACAGAAGUCAAAGUGAAGGACACAAACCAAUCACUGUUUGGAACUCCACAGCGCUCUCAUCAAACCGCCACCAACUUGGACAAAGUCCAAGAUUUCUCCACUGGUGCACAGCAGCCUGUCCCGAUGCCGGUGUUUCAGACCCUCAGCACCCAAGCAAACCCUGCAGCCACAGAAGUCAAAGUGAAGGACACAAACCAAUCACUGUUUGGAACUCCACAGCGCUCUCAUCAAACCGCCACCAACUUGGACAAAGUCCAAGAUUUCUCCACUGGUGCACAGCAGCCUGUCCCGAUGCCGGUGUUUCAGACCCUCAGCACCCAAGCAAACCCUGCAGCCACAGAAGUCAAAGUUAAGGACACAAACCAAUCACUGUUUGGAACUCCGGAGCACUUUCAUCCAACCGUCACCAAAGCUCGCCGGGCGCUUGAUUUCUCCUCUGGUGCUCAGCAGGUUGGGCAACUGUCCUGGGAUCUUCCAACGACCACAGCAGAGAAAGAGAGACAGAAAGAGCUGGAGAAAGAGAGACAGAAAGAGCUGGAGAAAGAGCGAGAGAAAUACCUGGAGAAAGAGCGAGAGCAAGAGAGGGAGAAAGAGAGAGAGGCUCAAAAACUGAUAAAGGCAAAGCAAGACAGGAUAAAGGCUGAUUUGCAGCAGAAGAUUCAGAUGACAGAACAAAAGAUAUCUGAAGUCAGAUCAUCUGUAGUAGCCAGUAAGGGCAGCUUGGAUAUUGAAUGGCUGGAGAUCAACAGUGUGUUCUCGGAGGUGAUCAGAGUUGUGGAGGACAUUCGACAGGAAGCCCUUCAACCUCUGGAGGAGAGGAGAAACAGAAUAAAGAAAGAAUCACAAGAUCUGGUACAGACACUGCAAAAGGAAAUUGACAAACUCAAAAAGAACAUCGAUGAGCUGGACAAAAACCCAAACUUGCAGGUUUCUCCUCUAACAGGCCUGGAUAAUUCUCGUGAUUGGAAGAAUGUAACUGUUGACAGUUCAUUCUCCCUUGGUACACUUAAAAGUAAAACAUCAAAAAUGAUGGAACAAAUUCAGCAGAAAUUGGACAAACUUUCUUCUGUUGAACUCAAGAGGAUUUCCACAUUUGCAGUGGAUGUAAAGCUGGACCCAGCUACUGCGCACCGAUGCCUUGUUCUCUCUCCUGACGGGAAGAAAGUGACUGACGGAGGAAAGAACCAGGCAGUUUUUGAUUCUCCAAAGAGGUUUGACAUGUUUGGCAGCAUCCUGGGGCUCAACGGACAGACCACUGGGAAAUCGUACUGGGAGGUGGAAGUCAGCAACAAGACCGGAUGGGAUCUGGGUGUAGUGAGACGCAACGCAAACCGCAAGGGGAAAAUCUCGCUGACCCCAGAUAACGGUUACUGGGUAACUGUACAUUAUGAAGAUGAUAAGUACGCAGCCCUGUCAGCCCCACCCGUCAGCCUCUCGCUGACAGCGAAACCUCAGAAGGUCGGGGUGUUUUUGGAUUACGAGGAAGGUCUCGUGUCCUUCUAUGACGUAACGGCUCAAUCUCACAUCUACUCGUUUACUGAGUGUUUGUUCACUGGAGAGAUCUUGCCAUAUUUCAGUCCACACCUUAAACAAAAUGGGAAAAAUUCUGAUCCUCUGAUUAUCUCAGCUGUGAAAAAGCAGAAGUAGUUAUAUCAAGUGCGCAUGUUACUGGUGCGCUGAAAACACUUGAUAUGAAAUGUACGAGUUUGGAUGUAGAGUGACAUUUUACUGUGGCUUAAUGUUUCAUACCAGCAAAGGUUUUAAACUGGGUUCUUAACUGGGUUCUUCUGGUGAUCCGAGCUGUUUGGAUAUUGUUUUACCCAUCCAUGUUAUUUCCUUAAACAUUAUUAUUAUUAUUAUUAUUAUUAUUAUUAUUAUUAUUGUUAUUAUUAUUAUUAUAAUAAUAAGACAUUGAUGAGGAUUUUAUGAGUUCUUUUCAGUUUAGCUUUAUGCGCUUUAUAUUAUAUAUUUUUGGGGUUAGUAAAAUGUAUCUUGGUCAAAAUGUGUAAGAUUCGAUGAUUGGAACAAGGGAUUGCUACUUAAAUAUAUCACUUCAUGUUCAUCAUGUGAAGAAUAAUCUAUGUUUCAUCUGUGCCCUACGGAAUUGGACAUGAAUACUGAAAAUGUUGUGUAAUAUUUGGCACCAUUCUUAUGAGUGCAAUGUAGCUGGUCUUCCUGUUUAUCAAAUAUGUAAUAAGGAAAUGUCUGUGUUCCUAUUGGCUGUAAUUUAAUUCAUUCAGGUAGUUCCAAAGUGUUGGAACAUUUUAUAUAUUUUCCUAUUUUCUUUUUUAUGGUGUUGGUAAAAAAAUAAAUAACACAACGAUUUGACAUGA